CCUUGCCCCGGAGCGAAUCAUCCUACUUGAGCUAUUAUCAAGCCGACUUUGAGGCUCAUACUGAAAGAUCUUUGAAAUAUAAAAAAUUGGCAUCCUAGAUCAAUAUGUUUCCAACAACACGACUACUCCAAGCAUGUCGAAUCACGCUUUUCACAAGAGCUAAUUGUUCACUCUGUACCAACGCCAAAGAUACAUUAUUUAAAGUCCGAGAUACAAGACCAUUUGUGUAUAGAGAGAUUGCUGUUAUGGAAGAUGGACAAAAGCACUGGAAGGAUUUAUACGAAUUUGAUACACCUGUGAUUCACGUUAGUAGGGAGGAUGCUGGGGAGGAACAGUCUGAAUUGGCAUCCAAAGCAAGAAAGCUGAUGCAUAGAUUUACUGAGGAGGAAGUCAAAGCGAAGAUGGAUGAAGUGGAAGGGAAAAAUUCUGUCUGA